UAAAUUCGCUCUCUCUUUUUAGUUCAAUUUUUAUUGAAUGAUAAUAAGUUACUCUAUAUAUAAACAAAACAAUGUUGAAUGUUGGAAAGUUGGCAGGAUACACACUAUUUGUUACCGGAGCAAGUCGAGGCAUUGGAAAAGAAAUUGCUCUUAAAGCAGCAAGAGAUGGAGCCAAUGUUGUGAUUGCCGCAAAGACUGCAGAACCACAUCCAAAACUACCUGGAACCAUCUACACAGCAGCGGAAGAGAUAGUCAAGGCUGGAGGUAAAUGCCUACCAUGUGUGGUCGAUGUUCGAAGUGAAGAAGCUGUUCAGGGAGCAGUUGAUCAAGCUGUGAAGGAGUUUGGAGGUAUUGACAUUGUUGUCAAUAAUGCUAGUGCAAUAAGUUUAACAGGUACUCUUCAGACACCUAUGAAGGUCUAUGACCUUAUGAACCAAAUUAAUACUAGAGGUACAUAUUUGUGUUCUCGGGUUUGUUUACCACAUUUGAUCAAGUCUAAACAAGCGGGCAGAGAUCCUCACAUUCUUAACAUCAGUCCACCAUUGAAUAUGAAUCCCAUCUGGUUCAAGGGUCACACUGCCUACACGAUUGCAAAAUAUGGAAUGUCAAUGUGUGUACUAGGAAUGGCUGAUGAAUUGAGAGAUGAAGGCAUUGCAGUCAAUGCCCUCUGGCCAAGAACUGCUAUUCAUACAGCUGCUAUGGAUAUGAUUGGUGGGGAUGAUAUUGCAGGGCAGUGCAGAAAGCCAUCUAUAAUGUCGGAUGCAGCUUAUGCUAUUCUCAUUAAAGGUGCUAAUUCGGGUACUGGGCAAUUUUUGAUUGAUGAUGAUGUCCUGAAGGAAGAAGGAAUUACUAAUUUUGACCAAUAUGCAAUUGAUCCUGGUAGAAACUUGAUACCCGAUUUUUUCCUAGAUUCUGCUGAAGAAGCAUAUGAGAAUAGACUAAAAGAACGAGGUGGAAAAUCAAACACCGAAACAGGGGGUUCUGUUCAGUCAGUGUUUGACAGGAUUUCAGAUUCUCUCAAUUCUGACUUGGUCAACAAUGUGGGAGGUGUUUAUAAAUUUGUACUCUCUGAACCAGAUGAAAUUUGGAUUCUCGAUUUAAAGAAUGGCGAGGGUAGCAUAAAUCAGUGCGAUGGUGAUGCAGAUGUGACAAUGACUGUCAAAGGGCAAGAUUUUUCCUCCAUGUUUAAGGGAGAUUUGAAUGCAACGCAGGCGUUUAUUCAAGGAAAACUGAAAAUUGAGGGGAACAUGGGACUUGCUAUGAAAUUGGAGAAAGUGAUGAAAGCGGCACAAUCUGGUUCUUCCACGUCUGGAGGGGGAGUUUCAAGCACUAUGCAAAAAGUAGAAAAAAUGAUCAACUCUAAUUUAGUAAAGGAAGUUGGAGCGGUUUACCAAUUUGUUCUGAAGGGCAAUUAUGGAGGAAAAUGGGUAAUUGAUCUCAAAAAUGGUGAUGGAAGUUUAAAAAAAGGGUCUAGUGAUGAACCUGAUGUUACUAUGGAAUUAGCGUCUGAAGAUUUUGUAAAAAUGUUCACUGGUGAGCUGAAUUCUACGCAGGCUUUUAUGCAAGGAAAACUCAAGAUAAAUGGAAAUAUGGGACUUGCUAUGAAGCUUGAAAAAGUGAUAAAAUCUUUGACAAGUGCAAAAUUAUAAUUUCAAAUAUUUAUUUUCUAUUUUUUCAACUAAUUUAUAGCUAAUGAAUCAUUCUGGAUGCACGAGAUUCAAGAGUAUGGUCUUUGUCUGUAUUAUACUCAGCCAAAUGCGACUUUCAUUAAAUACUUUAUAAUUUAGCAAAUUAUUGAAAAUUAGUAAAUUUUAUUUUAUGUAUAUUCAAGUUGGAAAGCAAGGCUGUUGGCUGUCGCAUUCUGCUGUAAUAUUAUAUACAAAAUUUAUUUCAGAUUUUCAAAUAGAUCCCAUAAUGAUGAUUACAUUUACUAAACUACA